AUGCAAAAACAGAGCUCUAAAAGAAUUGUCGCUUCGACUCCCAGAAAGUCGCAGAGAAUGGCGGCCAAAAAGUCUAAAGAAGUAUUGAAAAAGCAGGAGGUUCCCAAGAUUGAUACAAAGGUUGUCAAGAAAGAAGCUCCUAAGAUUGAGAAAACUACCGAAAAGCAAACACCUAAGGCUAAAGUGACAUCUAGAAAAAGACGUCACUCGGAUGUUGAGAAAGAAGCUACUAAGGCUGAAGCUGAGCUCAAGAAAAAAGAAAAAGAAUGGGAUGCAAUGCUACCGGACCAAUAUAAAAAGUAUCGUCCACGCGGAUAUCCUUUAAAUUUACCAGAGGAUACCAAACAGAAUUUUAGAGUGUAUUGUGAUGGUAUUUAUGAUUUGUUUCACAUGGGGCAUAUGAAUCAGCUUAAGCAAUGUAAAGAAGUGUUUCCAAAUGUUACUCUUGUUGUUGGGGUCCCAUCUGAUGAAGUGACUUGGAAGAACAAGGGAUUGACUGUGCUUUCUGACGAGCAACGUUGUGAAAGCUUGAAGCAUUGCCGAUGGGUUGAUGAAGUUAUUCCACAUGCUCCAUGGUCGGUGACCCCAGAGUUCUUAGUUGAACACAAGCUUGAUUUUGUUGCUCAUGACGAUAUCCCCUACGCAUCGGCUGAUUCUGAUGAUGUUUACGCUGCAGUAAAAAGAAUGGGGAAAUUUAUUGUUACGCAAAGAACUGAGGGUAUUUCUACUUCAGACAUCAUUACCAAAAUCAUCAGAGAUUAUGACAAAUAUUUACUUCGAAACUUUGCCAGAGGUGCUUCGAGACACGACUUGAAUGUGUCUUGGUUCAAGAAGAAUGAGUUAGAAAUCAAGAAGCAUAUUGACGAGUUUAGACAAUACUGGAAGAAAACUAACGCAAAUUUGAAUAAUGCGUCGAAGGAUCUUUAUUGUGAAGUGAGAGAGUACUUGAGAUACAGUUCUAGUGCUUUGAAGAAAAUCAACUCCAAUCCAUCAUUAAACACUUUCGUUGAUAGUGCCAAUAAUAAUUUGAACUCAACCUCUUCUAGAGCCACAUCACCUGCUGCUGAACCUUUAUCACCAGCAACGGAAUUCGCAAUGAAUUAUUCUGGGAAUAGAAGAUCCAUUAUUGAUAGUUUCAAAAAGUGGAUGUUUAAACGAGACUCUUUUGAUAGUGAGGAUUCUGAUAGAUAUUCUCUUGAGAACUCUAAAGAAACUUCCCCAGACUCAGAAUAUUCCAAUGAUGAUGCUGAAAGACCAAAAAGAAAGAGACAAAAAGUUUAA